AUGGGCAACGACAUAGAAGCAUCCCCGCACACCACACGGAUCAGUGAAGAUGCCAAUUCGCUCAAAUCAUCGGCCCACGUGGGUAGAGAGGAACUUGCGGAUAUCGUCCCACCCCACGAGACGUACGAAGGCCGGCAUCGCUUCGACCCCCAGGCGAGCUGGACGAUUGAGGAAGAACGGCGUGUGGUGCGCAAGACAGACCUCCGGCUACUCACAUGGCUCUGUCUCAUGAUUCUCACCAAACGCUAUGGCUUCAAGUAUAUCCUCCCGACCAUGAUGCUUGCUUGGGGAACUGCAUCUUGGGGCCAGGCGUGGAUGCACGACCGAACUUCGUUUUACCUGGGCCGUGCAGCCAUCGGACUUUGCGAAGGUGGUUUCAUCCCCGGUGUAAUCUUGUUCGCGACCUACUUUUACAAGUCCAAGGAGCUUUCUCUACGCCUGGCAGCCUUCUGGUCGACACUCAACAUCGCACGUGUCAUCUCGGCCUUACUUGCGGCGGGGAUUCUGGAGAUGCGCGGUGUUGGUGGAAAGCCAGGUUGGUUCUGGCUAUUCCUCCUCGAAGGCCUUUUGACGGUCGUCAUCGCCAUUCUCUCGUACUUGUAUUUGCCCACCGCGCCGACAUCCACCAAGAAUGUGCUUUGGCGUCAAGGUUGGUACACUGAGCGGGAAGAAGUCAUCAUGGUCAACCGUAUACUCCGAGACGACCCAGCCAAAGGCCUCACUGCUCUCAAAGAGCCAGCAACGUUCAAAGACAUCCGCGCGGCCUGGUCAGAUUCCUCCAUGUGGGGUUUAUACUUCAUCGGCCUUGUCGCUUACAUCCCUGCCUCGCCGGUGCAAGGAUACCUCACUCUCACGCUUAAACGCCUCGGCUUCAGCACCUUCAACAGCAACAUGUUGACAAUUCCGUCUGCGGCCCUCCAGGUUGUUACUAUGCUAGCAUUGGCAUACUCAAGCGACUAUUUCAACGAACGUACUUUCCAUUGUAUAUUCGGCGAAUUCUGGAUCAUGCCGCUUCUCAUUGCGUUGUUGACACUGCCCGAUGGUGGCCGUGAAUGGGGCCGCUUUUCCCUAAUCACGCUGAUCUCCGGAUACCCAUAUUUCCAUCCCUUGGUCUCUUCUUGGAUAUCCGAGAACACUUUUGACGUCAAGAAACGUGCGAUUACGGCCGCAACGUACAAUGUCAUUGUGCAGAUUGGAUCUCUGAUCAGUUCACAGAUCUACCGCAAGUACGAUGGCCCGUACUACAAGCAGGGAAACUCUGUUCUUGUGGCUAUAUGCGCGCUGAGUGUCAUUACUUUCCUUGUGCAACGGCAGACUUUGGUCCGCCUCAACAAAAGGAAACAGAUACAGUGGGAACAGAUGACUUCAGAAGAGAAGGCUCUGUACCAAGCAGACAUCAUCUCCCGAGAGAAGGAUGGCAACAAGCGGUUAGACUUCAGGUUCACACUCUGA